CCGGGCCCGCUGCGGGGGGCCCGCCGGGGAGCAGGAGCGUUGGUGGUUCUCUUCACGUCCCGAGAGCUGGCGACCUUCGGCGUCCCCUGCGGUAGCCCCGGGUAACCCUAUGGAGAGGGGCCUGCGGAAUGCUAUAGUCUUCAACGCGUCCAAAGGGGAGACUUUCGCUCUCCCCAACAGCUACAAAUCCUUGCGCAAAAGGCUUCGCGGUAACUGGAAGAUACAGAGCUUAAAAGAUGAGAUCACAUCUGAGAAACUGUUUGGGGUAAAAUUGUGGAUUACAGCAGGGCCAAGAGAAAAGUUCAGUGCUGCUGAGUUUUCGGUUCUGAAGAAAUUCCUGGAGGAUGGUGGAGCCAUCCUGGUGAUGCUAAGAGAAGGUGGAGAGUCCCGAUAUGGCACCAAUAUUAACUUUUUGUUAGAAGAAUAUGGGAUCGUUUUCAAUAAUGAUGCUGUAGUACGAAAUGUAUAUUACAAGUACCACCACCCAAAAGAAGCACUAAUCUCUGAUGGAGUUUUGAAUAGGGGAAUCAGUGAAGCUGCAAGAAAAACAGUUCUUGAGACAACAGAUGAAGAUGGACGUGACUCACAAGCCCUCACUUUCGUGUAUCCGUUUGGUGCCACGCUGAAUGUGAUGAAACCAGCAGUGGCUAUUCUAUCAACAGGAUCUGUCUGCUUCCCACUCAACAGGCCUAUUCUUGCUUUCUAUCAGCAUGAGAGUCAAGGUGGAAAGAUGGCGGCGUUGGGAUCUUCCCACAUGUUCACUGAUCAAUAUUUAGAUAAAGAAGAUAAUGGUAAGAUCAUGAUAUUCUUCGGUUUAUUACCUAUAUUUUUCUUCCUUUUCAUGGAUGUGCUUUUCCAGUGGCUCACAACAUCAGAUAUCCAUUUAAACCAGAUGGAUAUGGAGGACCCUGAGAUUUCAGACUAUACCAUGCUCCCAGAUACAGCUGCACUGUCUGAGCAACUGCGAGUAUGUCUGCAAGAAGGAGAUGAGAACCCAAGAGACUUCACAAAGCUGUUUGAUACAUCCCUUUAUCAGCUGGAUACAACUGCCCUCCCUUCAGUUAUCAAAGCUUAUGAACAGCUGAAUGUGAAGCAUGAACCCCUCCAACUCAUUCAGCCUCAAUUUGAGACUCCACUACCUGUCCUCCAGCCAGCUGUUUUUCCACCUGCUUUCAGAGAAUUGCCUCCUCCCCCUCUGGAGCUGUUUGACCUGGAUGAAACUUUUUCCUCUGAGAAAGCUCGUCUUGCAGAGAUUACAAACAAAUGUACUGAUGAUGACCUGGAGUUUUAUGUACGAAAAUGCGGCGAUAUCUUAGGAGUAACAAGUAAACUCCCGAAGGAGAAGCAAGACGCCAAACAUAUCCUGGAGCACAUCUUCUUCCAAGUGGUUGAGUUUAAGAAACUGAAUCAGGAACAUGAUACUGACACAAGUGAAGCUGGAUUCCAGAAUGGUAACUGAGACCUGGCUUUCCCCAGUUUGAGACAGACCUUAUAGUAAAAACAUACUUUUCCAUGUAGUUCACUGAAUGUUCAGAUUACGUAUGUGUGGUAGUUUGGAUAAUUAAUGCCUUUUGUGGAAGUGCUUGUAUUUUGCAAGCACUUUCCAAAUGAUUUCCUAUUUUUCUACUUCUUUAUUGAAACUGUAAUUUUGUAAUAUAUGAAAAAAAAAAUCUUGUACUAAGAAAA